AUGUAUUUAAUAUAUUAUUUAUUCGUUAUUACUAUAAUUAUUACACCAUUUCUUGGAAGUACAAUUAUUAGAUCUAUACCAGAUCCUUUAAUUCAUGAAAAUUCACCUGAAUUAUACUACAAUAAACAUUGUAAAAAUAAUAAAUGUGGUGAAUUUGGAGAAUGUGUUUUAAUGGUACAAACUACUGCAAAUAAUUUUCUUGAUGAUAAAUAUUUAUGUAGAUGCAAAAAAUGUUAUGGUGGAAAGUACUGUAAUAUAAACUACUGUUUAAAAAAUGAAACAUUUUUUACAAGUACAAGAAUAAUUCUUCUUAUUCUAAUUUUAUUUGUUUUUAUGCUUUAUAUAUAUGGUGUAAUUUCUUUUAUACUUUUUUACUUAAGGUAUAUUUAUAAAAUAAAAAAUGUUAUGAAAGCAAAUAAAAAUUAUUAUAUUGAUAGUUUAAAAGGUUUAAAUAAUGGUAAUGAAAAAUCAACAACUAUUAUUAUACUAAGAAAAGUAUUUAAAUUUUGGAAUUAUAAGAAUAAUAAAAUAUUUAAAAAAAAUACUUUAUCUAAAAAAAGUAAUGUAUCAAAUUCUACAAGUGACGUUACCAAUCUUCAGUCAACUUCUAAUUCUAUAGAAAAAUCAAAAAAAGAUAUUAUAGAUGUUAAAAAAAAUGAUAACAAAAGUUUUCUAUCACAAGAUUCAAAUACAAAUACAGUUCAACUUUCUAAAGUAAAUGAAGAUAUAAAUACAACCUUACCUACUACUAUUAUUACUGAAACUAAGAAAGUUGAGAUAGACAAAGAUACCACAAAAACAUCAGAUAAAUUACCACCCAAAGUUCUUACACCAUAUCCAACAAAAUAUAAAAUGGUUUCUCUUUUUGGUAUUGAACAAUUACAAAAACUUGGUGUAAUUCAAUCUUCAAAAAAUGAAUCAACAAAAUUACCUAAUGAUGCAAAUAAAUAG